AUGAGACUCCAAACGACAUUUGUCCUCGCCGGCGCCUUGGCCAUACCCAGUGUACGAGCAGGGUUGAAACUGCGCGUAUGGGAAACAUUUACGCCGUCUGUCGUCGAUCGGGUCUGGUUUGGAGACGUCAAUGAAGUCCGUGACGAUCUACUUUUCAUCCAAAUCGACGCCGACACCAGCCCGAAUGCCACCCGCCCACUCCCAGAACCGACCUUUCUCGUUAUCAACGUCGCCCCCGACUCGGACGGGGACAUAUACUUCGCCCACUCCGCUGUAGGCCUGACCCACGAUGACAUAUACAUGUUUAGCAACAUCGAGGGCUUCUUGUAUCCAUGGUCCCGGUCCGGCAAGGUAAAGGGGGAGGCAUUCCUUAUUCCCACAGACGCUGAGGGCACAUCUACCGUGCGGUGGUUUAUCAACCCGGAAGAUGCUGGGGCGCUUAACGGCACGCCCGUAACAAUUGCCACCCGCGGUGAUUAG